AUGGCAGACGUACCGAUCGAUUGUGAUUUCCCUGUCUGGGGUUUAAUGCCGAAAAAAGAAACAGGGGUAGUUUCUUUUCUAAACAAGUAUCCGAAUUAUGAUGGCCGAGAUACAGUUAUUGCGAUUUUUGACUCUGGCGUCGAUCCCGCGGCGGCUGGACUUACGAUUACGAGUACAGGAAAAACAAAGGUGAUAGAGAGAUUCGACUGCAGCGGUUGUGGCGAUGUAGAUACAAGUACUGUGGUACGAAAAGUCGUCGACGGAUACAUUACCGGUAUUACGGGGCGCAAGUUAAAAAUACAAGAGUCAUGGAAGAACCCAUUGGGAGAGUGGAGAAUUGGUGUUAUUUAUCCCUUCAGCCUAUACCCUACAAAGGUAAAAGAGAGGAUACAGGAACAUAGAAAAGAACAUUUUUGGGAUGUGGGUCACAAAACUGCCUUUGCUGAGGCUAAUAAAAGACUACAGGAAUUUGAAAGUGAAGUAUCAAAGAAUUCUAUGCUGAGUCCUGAAGACAAACUUAUGAAAGAGGAGUUAGAAGCAAGGGUGGAGGUUCUACAAAGUGCUGAUAAAAAAUAUAAUGACCUUGGACCCACUUAUGACUGUGUUUUGUUUCAUGAUGGAAAUGUCUGGAGGGCAUGUAUAGACACUUCAGAGAGUGGAGAUCUCUCAACUGGACCAUUGCUUGGUGAAUAUAGCAUUACCCAUGAGCAUACCCACCUGACCCCCUUGGAUGAAAUGACAGUUACAAUUAAUGUACAUGACGAAGGCAACAUACUGGAAGUGGUCAGCAUGUGCUCUACACAUGGUACUCAUGUAGCUGCUAUCGCUGCUGGCUAUUUCCCCGAGGAACCCGACAGGAAUGGAGUGGCCCCUGGUGCGCAAAUAGUGUCCUUGACCAUUGGAGAUGGCCGGCUCGGAUCGAUGGAGACAGGGACUGCUCUUGUGCGGGCUUGCAUUAAAGUUAUGGAGCUCUGCAAGAAGAAUCAGAUUGAUGUCAUCAAUAUGAGUUAUGGAGAACACGCUCAUUGGUCGAACGCUGGUCGUAUUGGUGACAUAAUAAGCACAGUAGUUAAUCGUUAUGGUGUGUCCUGGGUUGUGUCUGGAGGUAACCAUGGACCUGCCCUCGCCACAGUCGGAGCGCCCCCAGAUAUUGCUCAUCCUGUACUUAUUGGUGUUGGCGCGUACGUUUCUCCCGAAAUGAUGAGCGCUGCGUAUUCCAUGCGGGCUCGUACUCCGCCUGGUGCAUUUAGCUGGAGUUCGCGAGGGCCCUGUCCAGAUGGCGCUGCAGGGCUAGCUGUCUGCGCACCAGGGGGAGCUGUUGCUUCCGUAGCCAGAUUUACACUUCGCAACUCGCAGCUAAUGAACGGAACGUCUAUGGCUGCGCCACAUGUCGCCGGAGCAGUUGCGGUGCUAAUGUCCGGCCUGAAAGCAAAAGCGUUACCCUAUUCACCUUACUCCGUGAAACGCGCCUUAGAAAACUCUGCCACUUAUCUGAACCAUGUCGAACCGUGGGCGCAAGGUUGUGGACUGCUCAAUGUUGAAAAGGCUUUCGAAAUCUUAACCCAAUACCAUGAACAACCGGAGCGAGACGCAACAUUCAACAUCUCGUGUGGGGCAAACACGAAGGGAAUUUUCCUCCGACCGCGACCCGAUGACUCGCCCAGGGAUAUUGCGAUCACUGUGGAACCGCACUUUUUGCAAAGGGACUCGGAGACCAAGGAGGCAGUGAUUCGCAGGCAGAUUCAGUUCGGCAUCCGACUGGCCCUCACGAGCUCGGCAGAGUGGGUUUCCACUCCUUCCUACCUCGAUCUCACGAAUGCCUCUCGGGCGCUUUCGGUACGCGUACACACAGCUCAUCUACCGCCAGGGCCGCACUUUGCUAGCAUUAACGCGUACGACGUGUCGUGCGUGGAGAAGGGUCCAGUGUUCCGGGUUCCGGUGACAGUGCUGCAGCCGCAGCCGCUGCCCUUAUGCAGUGCAGCGCCUCGUCUCUGCCACAACAGUGUCCUCUUUAAACCGGCAACCAUACAUCGACAUAUAGUUAUACCCCCCCUAGAGGCAACCUGGGGCGUAUUGAAGGUAUCCCUGGUGCAAGAUAACCAGGGAGGUCACAGUGCAACGGCCGGCGAAGCUGGUGGUCGUUUCUUGGUGCACUGUAUGCAGUUGGCGCCGUUGCGGAGUUGUCGUACGCACGAAACGCACAAGAUGAUCUCUAUCACCAAUGAGGCACCAACACUGCUGCCUUUUCAAAUAAUUGGCGGUGUUACCCUCGAAGUAGUGAUAGCUAAAUACUGGGCGAACCUCGGUGAGAUGUGCGUGGACUACUCUCUGGAAUUCCACGGUCUCAAACCGGAUUUCGGCUCGAAGUUGACCCUACCUGCGCACGCGCUUGGUGCCGUUGUAUUGUCUUCGCUGCGCGCACAAGAUGUCCAGCCGUCCGCACAAUUAAAACAUACGGAACCAUUGUACAGACCGACCGAGUCCAAAAUUAGUCCCUUAACAACUAGAGACGUGAUCCCGCCGUCCAGACAGAUUUACCAGAUGAUCAACACAUAUACGUUCCACAUAGCGAAGCCUACUGAGGUGGCACCUAUUGUAUCGCUCCUGUGUGAUAUGCUGUAUGAAUCCGAGUUUGAGAGUCAAAUGUGGAUGCUGUACAAUUCAUCUAAGCAACUGAUGGCUGUGGGAGACGCAUAUCCUUCUAAAUAUUCAGUGAAACUAGAGAAAGGUGAAUACACAGUGCGCCUAAGCGUACGACACGAAAACAAAACACUGCUCGAACGGCUGCAAGAUUUGCCACUCAUUGUGCAGCAACGGCUAGCUCAACCCAUCACUCUUGAUGCUUACUGUUCGCCACCUAAUGCUUUAACCGGUGGAAAGAAAUUUACAACAGCUACGUUAUCUAGCGGCAAUUUACUGCCUCUGUAUUUCACACCCGUGCCUACUGAUAAAUUGAGUCGCUCUAAUCUCUCACUAGGCCAAACGCUAACCGGCACAGUUACCUUCGCGAAAGACGAGCUGGGAAGACGUGUUGAUGUUUAUCAACUGCAGUAUAUGGUAUGUGAGCCGCCGCGAAGGAGGGAAACUAGAGAUAAAGAAAGGGAAAAAGAGAGGGAGAAGGCUAAAUCUCACGAGGAUUAUAUGGACGCUAUAAAAGAGUUAUCCACAACUUGGCUACCUAAAUUAGAGGGCGACAAGCUAGAGCAAGUGUAUGAAGAGUUGGUUGAGAAGUUUCCAGGGUAUUUGGGAGCUCACGUCGCUUAUCUUCAGGCUAUCGACCCCCCAACAGAUGGAAAUAAAUUGCCGAGUCUAGCAGAGCCCGAAGUGACGACGGCGUGGUGCGAACAGUUAGUUAACAUAGCUGACAAAGUAGUGCGUGGCGUUGAACAUGACAAGUUGUUAGCCUUCCUCGGAAUCAAGAACGACACGAGACCCGACGCGCACAAAAUCAAACAGGAGCAGGAAAAACAACGGGCUUACCUUAUAGAGGCACUCUGCCGUAAGGGCACAGCGCUAUGCCGAUUGCAAGCGCUCGCGGCGAGUUCGGCGGCGCGUGAGAAGAUUGCUGAAGCACUAGCUGCAAAUCUAAAUGAUCUACUCAAGUUCACUGACCUAACAGAUACCAAGGUCAUUCACUACGGCGUGUGGCAUUGCUUCGCUCUGAAGCAUUGGGGGCGCUCUAUCAAGCUCCUGAACAAGAUCCUCGAAGAGAAACCGUCCCGGGAGGUGGAAGAGCGGCUGGUGACCGCCUACACCCAGCUCGGCUGGACCCAUUUAGCUGAAUGUACUGCGCGGGCGCUUCCCGCCAAAUAUCCACCUGGCUUCCGACCUUUCUGA